GAGGGAGGGAGGGAGAGAGGGAGACACCGGCAGACGACGUCAAAGCGACCGAGAGAGAAAAGGGGAACCGCGGGAGGAAGACGACAAUAGCGGUUUCAAUUAUGACAGCGUCGUUGUUUAAAGUCCAUUAGUGCAUGUAAUCAUACGUCGUCGUAACCAUCAAGAAGAAGAAGAAAGACGGAGUUGUUACACACAGCAAUAGCAACAGCGGCAAUAACCCCAAGUGAGACAGUAGUAAUAAGAAAUAUAAGAGCAAAGGCGCCGAGAAGAAGAAAGGUGGACGAGGAGGAGGAGGCGAGUUCGUGAAAAGGAACAAGUGAGAGAAACUAGAGGUGAAAAGGAGCAGGAGGAGAGAGAGCAGAACCCCGGGCCCGAUCUGUAAGAGUGCCGAGAGACCAACUCGUCCACAACUAGAACCCGCGUUAAUAUUAAACUGGAAGAAAGAAGAAGCACAAAAGGAAGGGGAGCGACGUUUAUUAUACAAAUAAACGAAUAAUUCUGGGAGACGGAAGAAAAGAGACAAAAGAGAGAGAGAGAAAAAAACGCGACAAGGACAAAGAAUACGAUUUAAAUAUAGUCUGUGAUAUUUCGCCUGUAAUCUUCUUCUCAGAUUCUCAUUCUGCGUUUUUGCCGAAAAUCUGAAUCGCGGUGCCCAGUCGGGGGUGCGGGCGCGUGAAGCUGCGCGCUCCGGCUCGGGGACAAAGAAGCGCCGCGCGUCGACGCUGUGAAGGCAGAGCGCGCGCGAACAAAGGAGACGUAGAGAGAGACGCGGAGCCCCUCGCUCCUCAGCGCACAGCAUCAGCAUCAGCAUCAGCAUCGGCAUCGGCAUCAUCUCUCGGCGGAACAGGGACCCCCGGCCGCCCGUCACACACAGGCCAACGCCCCGGUCCCCGGUCUCCUGUCUCCGGUCUCCAGCGCCCGGUCCCGGCUCGUCCCGCCCGGCGCUCCUCUCUGUCUCUCCGUCCCCGGGGCGCGUCGUCGCUCGCUCUUCCGCACCGUCUCAAUGAAGGAGCCCGACGCGAUUAAACUCUUCAUCGGACAGAUUCCUCGGAACCUCGAGGAGAAAGACCUGAAGCCCAUUUUCGAGCAGUUCGGCAAGAUCUAUGAGCUGACGGUGAUAAAGGACAAGUACACGGGGAUGCACAAAGGAUGUGCCUUCCUGACAUACUGUGCAAGGGAGUCAGCCCUGAAAGCCCAGAGUGCCCUCCAUGAGCAGAAGACCCUCCCUGGGAUGAACCGACCUAUCCAAGUGAAGCCUGCCGACAGUGAAGGCAGAGGAGAAGACAGGAAGCUGUUUGUGGGCAUGCUGGGAAAGCAGCAGUCGGAUGAGGACGUGCGCAAGAUGUUCGAGCCCUUCGGGAGCAUCGAGGAAUGCACGGUGCUCAGGGGGCCCGACGGAACGAGCAAAGGCUGCGCGUUCGUGAAGUUCCAGGGCCACGCCGAGGCCCAGGCCGCCAUCAACACUCUGCACGGCAGCCGCACUCUGCCGGGCGCCUCCUCCAGCUUGGUGGUGAAGUUCGCCGACACGGAGAAGGAGCGAGGCCUCCGGCGCAUGCAGCAGGUGGCCUCUCAGCUGGGAAUCUUCAGCCCCAUGACCCUGAACUUUGGAGCUUACAACGCCUACACACAGGCUCUGGUCCAGCAGCAGGCCCUGGUUGCGCAGUCGGCGUAUUUGUCUCCUGUGGCAACCGUUGCCGCGGUGCAGAUGCAGCAGAUGGCUGCUCUCAAUGCCAACGGCAUCAUCGCCACACCCAUUACGCCCAUCACUCCCUCUUCGGGUACAAAUACACCUCCUACCAUCGCAGCGACACCGGUGCCGGCUCUUCCUCCACCCAUCGGAGUCAAUGGCUACAGCCCAGUUCCCGCUCCAGCCAACGGGCAGCCGGCAUCUGAAACCCUGUACACCAAUGGCGUUCAUCCUUACCAAGCAGCCCAGAGUCCGGCCGCAGCCUUGGAUCCUCUUCAACAAGCGUACGCAGGAAUGCAGCACUACACAGCGGCCUAUCCUGCUGCCUAUGGACUGGUUGGCCAACCAUUCCCACAGCAACCAACCCUGGUUGCCCAGCAGCACCAACAGCCUCAGCAACAGCAGCAGCGAGAAGGUCCGGAGGGAUGUAACAUCUUCAUUUACCACCUGCCUCAGGAGUUCACAGACUCCGAAAUGCUACAGAUGUUCCUACCCUUUGGGAAUGUCAUCUCUGCCAAGGUCUUCGUUGACCGUGCCACCAACCAGAGCAAGUGCUUUGGCUUUGUGAGCUUUGACAACCCGGCUAGUGCUCAGACAGCCAUUCAGGCCAUGAAUGGCUUCCAGAUUGGCAUGAAGAGGCUGAAGGUGCAGCUCAAGAGACCCAAGGAUGCCAACCGGCCUUACUGAGAGACCCAUGGGUUAGGAGAGGUGAACUUUCAGUAGAGUCCCUGUAAAGAAAUUCAAGCGGAAUGCGCUCUGAGCGUCUCGGUGUCUGCUGCUGUAAGGCAGCGGGCCGCCCCAGCUACACAGCUACGCAAACACAGCAAAUGACUAGAUACACAAAUAUUUACAUAUGUGUAUGGACCGAUGCACGGAAGCAUCAUCAGCUGCACUCAAACACACAACUGAGAGACAGACUGACACACAGACAGGCACACUCACUAGACAUACAAAGACAUGUCAAUCAUCUUUUCCACACAGCUGAACACAGUUUGACAAGGAGCCUUUGACUGCACUCAUAGCUCAAGAAGGAGGGGACAUGGGUGAAAACAGACUAAACAGAUACUCGUGACGGAAAAGGGUAAACCAUGAAAAAGUGGAACAAGUGCAUAUGGUAUAUUACAUCUUUUAGUCUACCUUACGUUGUUAAGCUAUAGCUCCUGUUUCUUAAAAAGAAAAAUAACUGACACAAAAAAGUUUAGGUUAGUAUGACUAAGGAAAAUGAACCUUAUAACUGUAAAUAAUUUAGUUUAAGAAGAGCAAAGUUUAAAAACCCAUAAAAAGUA